CAGAUGUAAUCAAUGGUAUGUUAUGAAUACUGUGUUAUGAGCUAUCCUUAUGGCUUUUCAUACUGUAAUACAUGUAAUGUUUUCCCCCAGAAAAUGCUGUCAAAGAUGAGCAAAGAAUCAAACGGGCCACAGGACUUUGCAAGCAGCUGGUUGCGGUCUUCACUCACAGCUGGAAGAAGAAGGCGGCACUAAAACAGGCACAGCAAGACUUGAACCUACCUCAACAGUCACUGGUCACUGAAUGUCCGACACGAUGGGGCUCCCGGCAGAAAAUGAUUGGGAGGGUGUUGGAGCAGAGCAAGGCACUGUGCCAGGUUCUGUCUGAAGACAGGAAGACGUGGCACCUGGUCCCCACUUGGCAAGACACAGAUGUCCUUGAAUCUGUAAACAAUGCCCUCGGUCCUCUUCAGGAGUUCACAGACGCCCUCUCAGGUGAGGACUACGUAAGCGUGUCAUACCUGAAGCCAGUGCUCCAUCUCCUCAGAUCACCCAUGCUUCCUGAAACUGACCAGGACACGAAUCUCACCAAGGAGAUCAAAUCAAGAGCUCUCCACUACAUUGAAGAGAAAUACAGCGACCCAGUGACACAGGAGCUCUUGGACAUCACAUCCUUCCUUGAUCCAAGAUUCAAGAAGAGCUACAUAAGUGAAAAGAAUGUCCCAUACAUCAAAGACAGAGUGAAGAUGGAAAUGGAACAGGUGGCACAAAAGGAGCAGAGGGCUUGUGUCACAACCCAUCCCAUGCCCCUGAGUGCAGAAGAAGAACCACCAUCCACCUCUACAAAGCGAAAGCGGUCACUGGGCAGCUUUUUCAAGACCAAGGUGGUCCCUGCUUCCUCUACUGUGCAGUUGGAGGAUACCAUUAAAGCAGAACUGGACAACUACCUCAUAACUCCUACCAUUGAUGGAGAGCAAGAUCCACUGGCCUGGUGGAGGGUGCACAAUGUCAACUUCCCAUGGCUUAGCAAGUUGGCUCGUAAGUACCUUUGCAUACCAGCAACGAGUGCACCAUCAGAGAGACUGUUCAGUGCCAGUGGCAAUAUUGUCACAUGUCAGCGUGCAAGUCUGAAGCCAGCAAAGGUUGACAUGUUGGUUUUCUUGGCCAAAAAUCUCUGAAGGGAUGAAGGGGAAGAUUUAUUGAUUUUUGUUGUUGUUCUUCUGCACCUUACCCUGACAUGUCUUUGUUCCAUUAAAAAAGGUGUUCACUCUUUUUUACUUAUCUUUUGUUUACAGACUAGAUGUUAAAUAAUGGAACCAGUUGGACAUCUUUUGUUGAUGAG